AUGGCUUCGACAUCGCCAACGCGUUUACGCCACACCCGAAGAGUUCUCUAUGCGGAGGAUUCGGAUAACGAUCUCGACUAUGCCCCUUCUCGCGAUGACAGACCGUCCCGAUCUCAGCGUCGACCUCAGUCGUAUCGCGAAGCCAGUGAUGAGAGUUCGCUGGAAGAACCUCUGGUCUCCCGACCAGAGCCAGGGCGGCGGUCAAGCCUCAUACGCACUCGAUUUGCCCAGCAGGCUACGUUGCCCUCAAAGCCGAAGAGGCGGAGACCGACUAAGCGCAAAUAUGCUACUCGAAGUGCAAAAGACUCGAUAUCUGCGCCCUGGAAGAAGCGGAAGCCGAAUCCUCUGAACCUCCUCCAACCUGAGAAAGCGAUCGCCUUUCCUCUUCCUCCAUCAGGCAAGAUUCCUCAGUGGCAGAAUCUUCCCUACGAGGCUCUGAUCAUUAUUCUGCGCCAUGCCGCAUAUCCAUUCUACGAAGACAGGGGCCGCUCCACUGGCUCAGUAGAAUGGCUGUGCGCUAUCGGGAGACUGUCUAGAUCUUUUCAAGAUGCUGCCACGGGUGCCUUGCUUGCCGCUCCACCAUUGUAUCCGCUCUGGAGAGCAAAGAGCUUUCUAGCCCUUCUCCGCCAGAAUGAGAAGCCGAGGAACAGAAUCAAGCGGCUCGACAUCGAAGUUUCGGAACUUCUGGUGGGCAAAAACGCCAUCGACUUACUCGAUUUGCUCGACUGUGUGCCAAACCUGGAGCAGAUCAGACUCUUCAACAACGACGACAAUGCCGCCAGAUUCUCAUGGAGUCAGUUCAUCAUGAAGAAGAAGAAAUGGACAUAUCCCGUGGAGCUCUUCGAUAAAUUUGAUGAGGCCAACGUGCGCUUAAAGGCCUUCGAGUGGAAUGGACGACUGUCCAGCCCGAUCGAGGUGUUACGAAUCAUGUCAGCUGCCCAUACUCGCGCCUGCUUCUCCCAAAUUGAGUCUCUCACCCUCCUCAACUUCUCCUUCGAGGACAAGUCUCCCGAGCUACCCAUGGCCCAACAACUCUUCUCGACGUCGAUAACAGCACUGCCCAACCUCAAGUCGCUCUCAAUACUUUCAUGCACACUUCUGGACGAGGUCACUACGCCACUUCUGCCGCCGACGCUCACGUCCUUGGAGAUAGCCUACAACAUCACCUUCCUCGCGGAGUACUUGAGCGCCUUCUUGAUCUCCCACGGCGCGCACCUCACCAGUCUCACACUCAAACACAACCAGAGUAUGUCACUAGACUUUCUCACUUACCUCGCUCACUGGACUCCGCGCCUGCGCCACCUCACCCUUGAUCUGUCCUACAGCGAUCCUUCAGCCUACAACGAAGUCCACCCCCUCUUCGAAGAUGCUCUUCCAAGUGGCAGUCCCACCUGGCCUGCCUCGCUCGUCAGCAUAGCCAUCAAGGAGCUACGCCAAAUCAACCUGUCCGAAGCCGAGCAAUUCUUCCAAAGCCUUGUCGACAUGGCUCCCCAAUUUGAUUCACUGCGUCAUGUCUCCAUCAAAGCCAUCAUUCGUGACGGCAGCUGGCGUGAACGAGCCGCGCUCCGCAACAAAUGGAUCAGCAAAAUCGAGCGAGUCUUCCUCGACACCUCCCCACCACGGAACAUCGCCAGUCCACCCGCUCUUCGCCCGCAGAUUUCCUCAUCCGACGCCGCUACGGCCACCAGUGACUCCGACGCCAAAACCAGCUCUCAAGGCCGCCGCUCCGGCCGGCUCCGAGAAGCAGUCCUUGACCGCCAAUCUCAGAACGAAGACCUUCUUCGUACAGCAAGCCGGCGUCAGCUGGAGCAGCGAAGCGAAGCAGACAUCAGCGACGGCGGGGAGGGCUUCAUACAUGGACGGUGCUCGGUUGUGGCGAUUAGCAUGAGUGACCAGCGGCCAGCAGAGACGCAGUUAACUGAGAAGGACUUUCUGGAUGAUGAACCGAGUGAUGAUGAGGAUUAUCGGGAUGGCUGA